CGACGAAACGGACGAGCUGGAAUGGAGUCGAGGUGGGGUGGGGCCCACAUCUCAGUCAGACAGACUCCCUUCUGAGUAGUCGUCGCCUCGCCUGGCCCAUCCCCUAGUCCUCGCUAGCUGCCGAUGCGCGAGGCCUCCUCGCCUCCGCCGCGCCAUUUCCCCCGCCACCUCGCCGCCCGGGUGCACCUGGGACCCACACCAAGCGUCAUGGGCUCCAGAAUCCUUCAGUUAGACAUUCCUGCAGACUCUGAGGCCUCUCCUAGGAGAAAUGUACCAGGGAGUGUAAGUAGCCCUCUCAUGAAUGGGGAAAAGAGUGUAUUUCGGGAUCAGAAUGCAGGGUUCACUGCACUUGCAAGUCCUGUGAGGAGAGAAAUUGGAAACAGAUCUAUGACGAGGUCCUUCUGUGUUGAUGACAAUGACUUGGAAGAUGGUAAGGCCUCAAAAGACAGAGACCGGCCUUCGCAGUUCCUCAGGCUCCCAAAUAUACAGAAUCGGGCUCUUCUAUCUGGUCUGGCUUACUGCAUAUCAUCAUGCAGCAUGAUUUUAGUUAAUAAAUUUGUUCUGUCUGGCUACGGUUUCAAUGCUCCAAUUUUUUUGAUGCUAUACCAGAACAUUGUAUCGGUGACCAUAGUUUCCACACUUUCUCUGUCUGGUGCUAUUCCAACUGAGCCAUUAACAUGGAAACUAAUCAAAGUUUGGUUGCCUGUGAAUAUCAUUUUUGUUGGAAUGCUGAUCACAAGCAUGUUUAGUUUGAAGUACAUUAAUGUGGCAAUGUUGACUAUAUUGAAGAAUGUCGCCAAUGUCUUAACUGCUUCUGGAGAAACCUACUUUUUCAAUAAGCAUCAUGGUACUCAAGUUUGGAUUGCUCUUAUAUUGAUGAUAAUCUCUGCAGCUGCAGGAGGAGUAACAGACCUGUCCUUCCAUGCAGUCGGAUAUACCUGGCAGAUCAUAAACUGUUUUCUGACAGCAUCAUAUUCGCUUACAUUGCGGCAUGUAAUGGACAGUGCUAAGCAAGCCACCAAGUCUGGGAACUUGAACGAGUUGUCAAUGGUGUUACUGAAUAACAUUCUUUCGCUGCCAUUGGGAAUUAUCCUUGUGCUUGGUUUUAAUGAAGUGGAGUACCUUUUGGAGACACCUCUCCUGAGGAUGCCUGAAUUUUGGUUGGUCAUCACGGCCAGUGGAGUUUUGGGGCUUGCAAUCAGCUUUACUUCGAUGUGGUUUCUUCAUCAGACAAGCGCGACAACAUACAGCCUUGUGGGCUCCCUAAAUAAGAUUCCUCUCUCUGUUGCUGGAAUCGUUCUCUUCAAAGUUCGUACAAGCAUGGAGAAUUCUUUGAGCAUUCUGUUUGGUUUAUUAGCAGGAGUAUUUUUCGCCAGGGCCAAAUUGCGAGAUAACUCACCGUCCUAGAUGUUGGGAAGGUUUAAUAGUUUGUAGAAGGCAAGACUUCGGCAAUCGUCAAAAUCGAAUUACUUCUCUGGGAGAUUUGUGCAGAUGCAAGGAUUCUUACCCAGUUGGCAAGGCAAGGGGUUCCAAUUCCUUUUUUUCCAAGCUGGCCUGGACCCCCGGUUGUUGCUCUUGUGGUGGUACACGUUUUCAUUCUUGCAUGUAAGAUACAAAAUGGAUGCAAUCGAAAUCCCAGGCAGUUUGGGAUAAAAGGCUUGUAAUUUGUAAAGUCUCGGUGGUUGGAUAAGAAAAGGGUUGUACAUUUUCAAGUGCAGCAAAGUUGUUUGUUGGAUUGAUUCUA